AUGCAUCAGCUCAUCGCUGUCGACCGGCACGUGAAGGCGGGGCGGGGGGGCGAGACUGCCAUUCUGUGGGAGGGGAACGACGUGGGGCGGGAUUGUAAGCUGACGUUCCAGCAGCUACAGGACGAAGUCUGCCAGGAUGGGUUCCAAGCUCUGGCUGACUGCGAGGAAGCAUGCCCGCUUUAUCUGGUGCGCGGAGACGACGCUGCCUUAUGGGGGGACAGUUUUGAGUGCCGCUUUAACCAUGUGGGUUACAUCGUAAGUCAGCAGCUGCCAGCGGCGGCUUAUUGCCCCCAAGCAGGUGCGAGCGGAGGUGACACGUGCGUCGGCGGAACAAAGCUGGAAGAGUUCUUCGAGCUAAAGUCGUUUGGGAAAGCUCAGCUGUGGAAUGGAACUCGCUCGCCUCUUGGGAGCCUCCUUACCGGAACCACCUACCUAGCAGAGGAGAGGCAGCAACUUCUGUUCAAGAAUGUGUUCGACUCAUACGAGUUGUAUGACGACUUGGUAUGUGCGCGGCUGAGCUUGCUACUUCCAGUGUAA